AUGUCUGCUACCAACGGUGUCAACGGCAACGGCAUUGCCAGCCGCAAGCACUACAACGAGGGCAACUUCCUCUUCACCUCCGAGUCUGUCGGUGAGGGUCACCCCGACAAGAUCGCCGAUCAGGUCUCCGAUGCCAUCCUCGACGCCUGCCUGAGAGAGGACCCCCUCUCCAAGGUCGCUUGCGAGACCGCCACCAAGACCGGUAUGAUCAUGGUCUUCGGUGAGAUCACCACCAAGGCCAAGCUCGACUACCAGAAGGUUGUCCGCGACGCCGUCAAGGACAUCGGCUACGAUGACUCCGCCAAGGGUUUCGACUACAAGACCCUUAACCUGCUCGUCGCCAUUGAGCAGCAGUCCCCCGAUAUCGCCCAGGGUCUCCACUACGAGAAGGCCCUCGAGCAGCUCGGUGCCGGUGACCAGGGUAUCAUGUUCGGAUACGCCACCGACGAGACCCCUGAGCUCUUCCCCCUUACUCUCCUCUUCGCCCACAAGCUCAACGCUGCCAUGUCCGCUGCCCGCCGUGACGGCACCCUUCCCUGGCUCCGCCCCGACACCAAGACCCAGGUCACCAUUGAGUACAAGCACGACAACGGUGCCGUUGUUCCCCUGCGCGUCGACACCAUUGUCGUCUCUGCCCAGCACGCUGAGGACAUCACCACCGAGCAGCUCCGCAAGGAGAUCAAGGAGAAGAUCAUCAAGAAGGUCAUCCCCGAGAAGUACCUUGACGACAAGACUGUCUACCACAUCCAACCCUCCGGCCUCUUCAUCAUCGGUGGUCCCCAGGGUGACGCCGGUCUGACCGGUCGCAAGAUCAUUGUCGACACCUACGGUGGCUGGGGUGCCCACGGUGGUGGUGCCUUCUCCGGCAAGGAUUUCUCCAAGGUCGACCGUUCCGCUGCCUACGUCGGUCGCUGGAUCGCCAAGUCCCUGGUCAACGCCGGCCUUGCCCGCCGUGCCCUCGUCCAGCUUUCCUACGCCAUUGGUGUCGCCGAGCCCCUUUCCAUCUACGUCGACACCUACGGCACCUCCGAUAAGACCUCCGAUGAGCUCGUCAAGAUCAUCCGCGACAACUUUGACCUCCGCCCCGGUGUCAUUGUCCGCGAGCUCAGCCUGGACCGCCCCAUCUACCUCCAGACCGCCAAGAACGGUCACUUCGGUACCAACCAGACCUUCACCUGGGAGCAGCCUAAGACUCUCAAGUUCUAA